CUUCCAGGCCUACAACAACAACACCAACAGCAACAGCAGGAAUCAUCUCCAAAUAUUACCUCCCUCUUUUGCCCACCUUUUCUUUUCUCUCUCUUCAGCCAAAAACCAAAUACAAAAACAAAAACAGAAACAUGGAAACAACCCAACACAAUACGAACACAUCACAACCAACCACUGCUACUCUAAUCUGUCUAUCCAUCUUUCUUCAAUGGCCCAGCUGGACCAAAGGCUAUGUAGAGGGAAAAGAAAAGAAAUAAAAGGAAGAAAGAAAUGGGAAAGAAAGUGAAGAGAAGAGAUUUAUAUGGUUUUCAAAGGUCCUCCUAACCAAACCCACCUCACAAAAAACUCUCUUUCACUUUCUAUUUCUCCCUCAACAACAAUACACAACUCAUAAAACAAAGAUGAUACCUGAAAUGCCCUUCUGCAACGCCCCCAAAAAAAUCCAAUCUUCAUCACUGUCUCUUAACUCUCAAAAGAAAAGAAAACAUUUUUUUCACCGAAAAUUAUGUGGGCUUCUUUGGGUUUUCUUUCUUUGUCUUGGUCAGAGUUUUCACAGAGAAAACAGGAAAGCGAAGCAAGGCAAAAACAAGAACCUUCCUCUCUCUUCCUUCUUUAUCUUUCUUUCUUUCUUUUCUUCAUUCAGACUUGUCUCCUUUUUCUUCAUUUUCUCUCCUCAAGCUCUGUCCUUUUUCUGUCUCUCUUUCUUUCUCUCUUCUAGUCUCCAUUCUUUGUGAUCUCAUCAUGAGGAAGAUGAAGGGUGCUGUUCUUGGAGCCUCUAUGGAGAAUUUCAAAGCGCCUUCUUUUCCUGUUUAUGAGGACAGAAGAGCCAAUUUCAGGCAUCAGAGUCUCAUGCAAGACUAUGAAGAGUUGUUAAAGGAAACUGAGGCCACAAAGAAGAAAUUGCAGAUGAUGAAACAGAAGAAAAUGACCUUAUUGAGAGAAGUCGAGUUCCUGAGGAGACGGCACAAGUUCUUGAUGGAAAACCAAUCUCCGAUUUCUUCAGCCCGUAGGAAUCCUGUGCAAGCUUCGAAUUCUAAACUUCAAGGUAAAAAAAAGGCAAAGGAAAGGAUUUAUGGUAGGAAGGAAUCUGCUUUGCCUCUAUCAGCUUUAGGUUUUGAUCUAAACCAUAAGGGAAAAAUAUACAAUGAAAAGGAAGCUACUUUGCGAAACCCAGUUCCAGUUUUUGACUUAAACCAGAAGUUGAAGACUUACCACAGAAAGGAACUUCCUUUACAAAUUCCCUCGCAUGUUCUUGAACUAAACCAGAAGGAAAGGUUUUGCAACCGAAAGGAAGCAGCUACAAACUCAACUGCAGUUUUUGACUUAAAUCGGAUAUCGCAAGAGGAGGAAGAACUACAGUUCAGUGGCGAGCCAUGGAGGAAAGAUGAAUUGAAGAAAAGUUUAGCUAGAGGUGGAAGUGAUGAGCAGCACAAUGACAUGAAGCUAUCAGCUUGUAGAAACGUCGGAAACGGAGCUAACCGAACAGGGAAGCGUAAAAUUUCGUGGCAAGAUCAGGUUGCCUUGAGGGUUUGAGUUCUUACUAGUUGUGUGUACCGCAAUUUAAGGUUUUACAUCUUGGUGGGCUUGGAAUGUUUACCUUGCACACUGCCUUAGGAUGAUUACCUAUCAGUUUUCUUUUUCCAUGUAAAGAAAAAACUUUAGUAUUCUAUAAUAAAUAUCUGAUGUGCCGUUUUGUGAUUAA